AUGGAUACACCCACACGCACCAUGUCCCUAAACGACCUUGUGGACGGAGAACGUGACAAGGUCUACAACCUUGGCAAGCUACACGGCCUGUACUACAUGCAAGAGGUGUUUGGCGACGCGGUAGGCCGCAUCGAUGGCAUGGUGUCAGACCUGGAAGCAUACGCGGACGGCCAGCCCGGUACUCCUACCCCCAGCCAGCACUACGAGCAACCGGGCCGCCUUCGCUCCAUUGCGUCCAUUGCGUCCAUUGCGUCCAUUGCGUCCGUUGCAGGUCUCGGCAUGACCGUGAAGUCUGCCAUGAGGGGCCGUGCGGCCGCUGUUAUCCAAAACAUUAAGAAUACCCCCGCUCGUCUUCUUCUGGACAAGAUCAUCCGUCACCUCCUCAAGCGCAACAGUAACCUUCCUCUGGAUCUGGACUUUGAGGACGGCCUUGUUAUCAUCCGCGACAAGGAGGCCCUAAGGAUCCUCUACACCACAGCCUAUGCCCACUUCAAGAACGAGACCCAGGACCUCGAGGACUUUAUUGCCCAGACAACUGUCCUGUACACCACGACCUCGCAGGAUUCUCGUUCCGCCGCCACCAGCAUGCACCACGUUCCUGUGCCCGGCAUGGUCUCUGAUCUCGACGACCGCAGCGACGCCACCAGCAUGGUGGCUCACUGCGGCACGGAAGUCGGGAACGCCACCUCGGCCAACGCCUCGUCGUCCAUGACUGCGCGUGACGUCAAUUCGUCUUCUGUUUCUCUUGCGCCUAGCUCGUGCCCCGAAUCAUUCAUCGCUUCGCCUCACAUCACCAUUGAUGCGCAGUCUCCGACGCCCUCCGUCCUUCAACUCGACCACGAGCACGACGUUGACUCCUCGGCUACCUCGAUCACGCCCGAGCUCUCGACUAGCACUACUCCGGAGCCUGUCGUCACGAACAAUGGCGAAGAGGAGGACAGUUGGCUCACGGGGGCACACCAUGAUGGCUGCAACUGUAUUCUGUGCCGCAUGGUCAAGGAUCCCGCCUUCGCCAAAUACCUCGACCGUCGUCCUAACGGCGGCAGGAGUGCUGCCUCCAUUCCACCUCCGAUCUGGACUGAGAACAUCGGCCGUAUGGUCAGCCGCGGCCACGUCGACGUCGACGACGAUCACCAUCCCUGCGAGCUCGUCGAGUCUACCCGCGCCAGUCGUGUUGCCGCCCCUCCCGCGGCCCGCAUCCCCGCCACCCCCUCGGGCCCCAACACCACCGACGUGGUUCCCACCGGCGUCUCGUCGAGCACCACGCCUGAGCACGUCUCCAACUUUGGGGCGAACCGUCCCCGUGACCAGGAGGACGACGGAGGUCGCAUCUGCGACUACUUCCUGAGCAGCCCCGAGGGGUCUGAACACGGUGGCUCUAUCGACGAGGAGGAGGAGAUGAGGUACCUUGACGAGGCUGUCGGGCUCUCCAUUAUCUCGGAACGCACCGAAAUUGAGGACACUCAGCCAUCCAUUGAAGAGUCCGGUCCUGCCGACAUCAAGGUCAACUCGACCGACCCAACCACCACUCGCCCCGAGUUUGCACCUGGCAACAAGGCUACGUGCUCGACUCCCAACUCGUCCUUCAAGGAUGGGAUGAGUAUCAUCGAGUCCAGCUUCACGAGCGACGACGCCGAGUCUGUUUCCCCCGACAGCUCGAUCGUCAUCAGGCUCGGUGAGGCCAAGCUUGGCGCCAACUAG